GCGCAGCUCGUUCAUAUUCCUCACCUUCCCGCCCGAGGUUCGGUUGAGGGAGAUUUUUGCCAAACAUUCGUUUGUGCUCUUGCUACCCAUUAGAGAGGUACAAUGCCGAAAACAAGAGCUUUGCGUUCGGCAACGAACGAAAAUGACGAGAACCUCAAUGUUCCGACGCGUGUUACCCGCGCAAAGUCGGCUGCCAACCUGAAUGUUGACGAGCUCGCGAUGCCCUCCAAGGCUCUUCAGUCAAAAAAGACCGUUGCCAAUGCCAACCCGACGCGGAGACGCGCCGCUCUUGACGAUGUCAGCAAUGUUACCAAAGUUGAGGCUGUAGACGGCGGCAAGAAGCCGCUCACCAAGCCUGGUCUGGUCUCCAAGGCCACCCACCCGAUUCAGAAGAGAGCCACCACCCGGCAGGCCCUAACAUCCAAGGAAGUCAACAAGAAAGUGGAGACGAAGCGUUCGAACCCCGGCUCUGUUGGACAGAAGCGUAAGGUCUCAGCUUCAGCUGUCACCACUUCGGUCAAAGAAGACACGCCUGAGGACGGCGAGCCCAUUCGCAAGAAGGUCCACAGGCUCGGUGCCGACAUCAAGCCUAAGGCCUCAGCUGAGGCCAAGGAGACCAAGGCUGACGAGCCUUCCCGCGAUGAAGUUGUCCCAGCACCCGAGUUCAAUUACCCUACUGAGCGUCCCCUGUCCGACAACAUCAAGGCUCUGGAAUCCGAAGACCUUGAUGACCCCCUCAUGGUUGCCGAAUAUGCCAAUGAUAUCUUCGAGUAUCUCCGGGACCUUGAAUGCACUUCAGUGCCCAACCCUCAGUACAUGUCGCACCAGGACGACCUUGAGUGGAAGACUCGGGGCAUCCUGAUUGAUUGGCUCGUUGAGGUCCAUACCCGAUUCCAUCUUCUUCCGGAGACGCUGUUCCUUGCUGUCAACAUUGUCGAUCGCUUUCUCUCUGAAAAGGUCGUUCAGCUGGAUCGUCUGCAGCUCGUCGGCAUCACAGCCAUGUUCAUCGCCUCCAAGUAUGAGGAGGUUCUCUCCCCCCAUAUUGCAAAUUUCCGUCACAUUGCCGAUGAUGGCUUCAGCGAGGCUGAGAUACUGAGUGCUGAGCGAUUCAUUUUGGCCACUCUAAAUUACGAUCUCAGCUACCCGAACCCCAUGAAUUUCCUCCGCCGCAUCUCCAAGGCGGACAACUAUGACAUCCAGUCGCGUACCAUGGGGAAGUACUUGAUGGAGAUUAGCCUCUUGGACCACCGCCUCAUGGCCUACCGCCCAAGCCACGUUGCCGCCGCGGCUAUGUACCUUGCGCGGAUGAUUCUUGGUCGCGGUGAAUGGGACGAGACCCUUGAGUACUAUGCUGGGUACACGGAGGAGGAGAUCACCCCAGUCUUUGAGUUGAUGGUUGACUACCUGGCCCGUCCCAUCAUCCACGAAGCCUUCUUCAAGAAGUAUGCCAGCAAAAAGUUCUUGAAAGGUAAGUGCUACUCAUCCUCCAUCAUAUGGUCAGUGCCUUUUCAUGCCAGACAUUCUAACGGUCGCAUGCAGCGUCCAUCAUGGCACGUCAAUGGGCAAAGAAGAAUGCACAGUUGUACAACAUCACCGAUGUUGACCUCUCCCUCGACGAUAUCUCAUCACAAUAGAGGAUCCUGCACUUGUUACGACACAUUACAUACGGAGCGCCACACCUCUAGUCUUUGUGUCAGGAUACACAGUGUGUGGUUGGAUUCGCCGCCUUGACGACACCUGAUGAUUACCCAAUAACGAUGCAUCCUGUCUCCAUCUCGGAGACUAGGCCAAAUUCUUUCUCAGCAUCUUCAUCUUCGACAAAGCAUAUCCUCUGAGGGUUAGGGAGC